GUGUGUGUGUGUGUGUGUGCAUGUGUGUACGUACUUGGAUGCUAAUGCACUUACUGUGGCCAUCUGUGCAACCAGCACCCACCUGCACAAUCUGACUUAUCUUCUGCACUUCUUUGUAAACACUGCUAGUCGUCUUUACAGUACAGUUUGCAACUGGACUUUGAGAGGAAACCAUAAAACGGAUACAAGAGACUUUCUGUAAGACUGGAAUCAAAAAUCAAUACUGGAUAAAAUCUUUUUCUUCAUUUCAGAGAGCUUCCUUCCUUCUCCUGCGUAACACUUUUGCUUUUGAACAUGGGUUGUUCACCAUCAAAAGGAAAGUUAUUUUCAAAACCACAUCAGUUUGAUGUUCAGAAUGCCCUGGUCACUGAAGAAUUACAGGAGGUUGCGGAUGGUGGACCUGCACUGGAUGAAGACACCUGUUUACAACCUCAAAACAAGGAAGAGGAACUGCCACUACUUACUGACGAAUACUGCACAAAAGAAACUUCAGUGGCUCAUCUGGACCCUGAUCCAAAACUUCCUGAAAAUGACAUGGAUUCUGAGGUAACAAAGGUAAAGGAAAUGCCUCAGGAAAUAAUUGGAAUUGUCAUGGAAAUGCCUAUGAGUCAGAAGGUGGAGACCCGAAAGAAAAACAUGAAGAAGAGAUCUGCAGAAAGGCAGAGAAAGUCUUCUGUAGUGCAAACAAAGGCAGGUUUGUCACCACAUAUGGUGAGAGCUCACCAGGCUGCUUACAAUUUCCUGAACCAAAAUAUCUCCAAAUAUGAAAUUCUUCUGGGGCUUCUAGACCAGGCUACCCAGACACAGCUGUCCCUCCAAACACCAAUGUCUGCUUUGGCGUUGUACUUUGAGGAAAUCAACCAGGCACUAGAGGAGAUGGCUGAAGAGGGGGAGCUGAUGCUCAAGGAGCAUGGGGACAGCAUGACUUUACCUUCUGGGAUGUUUGGUCAAGCUGUAUGCUCGGCUAAACCUAUGGAUAAUUUUGAUCCAUCACCAGAUCUUUUACAUCAACUACUUGCAGAUUCAUCAGAAAAAAUCAGGCAAGUUAAAAGCUCAGUGAAGACUCGGAGCGAUACUAUACUUGAGGAGGGAAUAGAGUAUUUUUCUUCCCUCUCUAAACUGUAUACUGAGAAGCUUCAGGCGAAGCAGGCUGCAGAGUUUAGGUUGGCUCAAGUACUUGCAAAGGUUGAGACAGUGACUAUUAGGAAGUCUAACCCAGAAGAUUCUGCACUGCACAGUGAGGACAGUGGUAUCGGAGGAGAGAGUGAGAGUUUGACAGGAUCUGAAAGGAACCAUUGCCACCGUGGGAGUGCUGGAUCAGGAAGUUGUGGGUCUGAAGUCAACAUUCGGGGUACAUAUCAAAAUUAUUCAGCUGGUUUUGUUAGUAAUACUAGAAAUAGUGAAGAGGAGGAGGAGGAAGAGGAUGAAGAGCGGCAUGCAGAAAAAUAUCAAGAAGAUAAUGAAAUUGACCAGUUUGAGAGGAAGAGAUCAAACUCUUCUCCACCAGAUCCCUGUCACGCUCUUCGUUACAUGUAUGAAAACUCCAUGAAAGAUCAGCAGCCUGCCUUCAAACUUUUCAAUGCUGAACACUCUCUAAUAACAGAGCAACAAAAGAGUCAGAUGGAAUUAGAUGAAAAAAUUAAUAUAAUUUCUGAAAUGCAAGGACUAAAUGACUUUGUAAAGCUGCAGUGCAAUUUGCAUCAAGCUGGACAUCGGCGAUAUUCUUUGGAUGGAUCAGCUGGUGAACACAAAGGCCAAGACAGAGCCAAUCGGCGACCUGGUUCUUUAUCUUCACCAUCAAAUAAACCACGAACGUGCUAUUCAGUCAAAAGGCUCAUAAAUACAUUUAGCCAAGGGGUUGUUGAUGGGAGACCUGGACAGAGUCUUUUACAUACUGCACCUCACAUCAUGAGGCCCAAUAAAAGUUGUAUUCUUCUAGAGUCCAGAGUAGUUAAUAAAACAGGAGGUGACAUCGUCUCUGGCAACAACAGCAGCAGCUCUCCAGAUGGCAGGGAUGACCAAGAUAUGGAUAAUCUACCACCGCCACCCCUGGAAGUUCUAAUGGACAAUUCCUUUCGACGCAAUGAAGACCAACUACGAAAUGAAAAACUACAUGAAGACCCGGUUCUGACUCUUCCGUUAAUCCACCAGACCACUGGGAUUUCCCAGCGAAGGAAGAUAGUUAUGCAGAAUGUAGAAGUUCUGCCGAACAAAGCAAAUGUAAAAAUUAGAUCAAUGGCUGUGUCACCUGCCCCUCCUGUUAGGCAUGAGGGAGUUACUGAGGUGCAACAUCAAAAGUUGAAACUGGAAACAGAUCUGUCUGAACAAACUGAGAAAGCGAAAAGGAUCUACAAACAAGCAAGAAAGAUUAUCCAUUUGCGCAAUGCAGGAGAAUCCACCGGCAUGAAAAAUGUUCAAAUUCCAGUCUCAGGAGAUUUAACAUCCCUUCAAGCUACAAGAUGUGAAGGCAAUGAGAUACCGUCCUGCAGUCUGCCCGUCAUAGCACCACCUGUUUCACGAGUACGCUUACCACCAUCAUGUCCUUCUGUGCACCACACCGUUCCACAUCCCCCUGUACUCAGACAGCAUCUCAACUCUGGAUCCUCUUCUCGUCCAAAUUCUCCAAGAAAAGUUACACGUACAAAUGAUAACAGCACAGAACAGAUCAUUCCUCAUAUGUCCUUUCAUGAUGCCCGCUCAGUCUUCUGUCAAAACGAGUUGAACAAUUCCCAGGCCUGCCUGCCCUUUGGAAGUUCUGUUCUCCCCAGAAAAUGGGGGGAAGUCUCUCGAGGCAGAUCGUCCACAAGAGGAAGAGAGAAUUCAACCCGUCGCACACAGUCAGAGCAGAGGCCUGGAAUGACUUCCUAUUCAGACCUGGAAACAGAUGCCCCUUUGGUGUCCCAGCAGACCAAGGAGGAUGAACCUGUUGCAGAAAAAUACAGUCUAGACAACUCUCUGAAGACAGAAGAAAAGUCCCAGGUGGAUCCAGCUGCUGGAAACUGAUUCUGGUUAAGGUUGAACAAAUCCACAGAGGAAGAUGGAAAAGAUUUAUUAUAAACACCUGAAAUGUUUCUGUUGUUUGUUUUAAUUGUGAAUUAUUUUUUGUAGCGCUGAUCUUAGAUCAGAGAGCAUAUCUUAUAAUUCAAGUAAGUUUUUUGAGCUCAUUUUUUUAAAGAACUUUCAAUUAUAAUUUAUUUUAGUUUACAUACACACUUAAGCAUUUUGCUAAAUGCAACAUCAAUUCUAAACUUUUAAAUAUGUUCCUAGUCUAUAGUUAAAAACUGAGGAUGCCUAAAACAUUGUAUAUCAUUAUCCAUGUUUCGUGUUUUUAACCUGUUGUCAUUUUUUUCUGAUUUUGUGAAGCACUUUGGUUGAAAUAUUGGUCGUGUAAAUGACUAUAGAAAUAAAUAAUUUAUUGAUA